UCACAUGCAGGAAGAUUUUAGAGCAGCACUGUAAUUAGACUUUCUCCUUUAAAUGAACUGGUGUGAGAUACAUUAAUCAAUGUGGAGAGCAGCGAUUCUUUGCAUGAACAAGAUGCACAAAGUUGAAGGUAAAUGUCUGUGUCUUUGCAGGGCUCUCCGCUGUUUGAGCUUCUGAAACAGGAGCAUGCGAGCGCAGCAGCGGAGCCGGUGGAGACUCCAGCCAGUUUCAGCCAGCCGCUGCAGCACAGCCACACCGCCGCGGACCUAUAUCUCACACCAACACGCCCAGGCUCGCGGGUCUUGCCUCCUGAUUCCCCGGCCACGCCUCCCCAGCAGCCCGCUGCUUCUCAGUCCACCUCCCAGGCGCCCUGCCAAGCUCCGAGGCAGCCAAAGUCUAACUCCCUCAGUCUCUUCUAUAAAAAAUUGUACCGCCUGGCCUAUACAAGGCUAAAGACUCUCUGCUCAUAUCUGCUGUCCUCUCACCCUGAACUGGAGCCCAUAAUAUGGACCCUGUUUCAGUACACCCUGCAGCAUGAGUAUGAGCUGAUGAGAGACCGCCACCUGGACCAGCUGAUGAUGUCGGCCAUGUACGCCAUAUGCAAAGUGAAGAGUGUCGAUCUGCGCUUCAAGUCCAUCGUUUCGGCCUACAAGAACAUGACAAACACCAACCAGGAGACCUUUAAGAACGUGCUGAUCACCGAGGGCCACUAUGACUCCAUUAUUGUCUUCUACAACCAAGUGUUCAUGCAGAAGUUAAAAACGAAUAUCCUGCAACAUGCGUCCAUCAGGCCGCCUCCCCUUUCUCCAAUUCCACAAAUUCCUCGCAGCCCAUACAAGUUACCCAACUCUCCUCUGCGUGUGCCUGGGAGCAACAACGUCUACAUCUCCCCUUUGAGAAGCUCCCGCAUGUCCCCGGGUAUCAUGACUCCUCGCUCCAGAAUGUUGGUGUCCAUUGGUGAAUCAUUUGGACUGGGCAAUCGCUUCCAGAAGAUCAACCAGAUGGUCAACAGUGAACGCUCCCACAAGAGAACGAUGGACCAAAGCGCCGCCAUCAAGCCUCUGAAGAAGCUGCGCUUUGACGUGGACGGGCAGGAUGAAGCAGACGGCAGCAAACCUGGAGGGGAUUCGACCCUGAUACAGAAACUUACAGAGAUGAGCUCCACUUGGAGUCGCAUGCAUGAGCAGAAGAUGAAGGAGGAGCCCGAAACGAGGGACGAGCCACAGUAAAGCCUGCCAGGCCCACCUGCACUGUUUGUCACUAACACUUCUGUUAGUUCACACAUUAAGUGGAACAUGCAGCUUCUCUGUACAUUUAAUAAUGUGUUUUAGUUUUUAUUUAACUUUGAGGAUGCGGAAGACUUUCUUCGCUUUUUGUGUUUAGGCUUGAAGUAAUUUUUAUUACAGGAUUUUUAUUGUUCUUUGGACUUUGAUAUUUCCAAAGAACAUUUUUUUGGUUUUAGGAGUGUUAUUAGUUAUUUCUCGUUGAGGAAGUCAUUGUUUCUCCUCAUGGAUCUUCAGUAUAUCAACACAUGAUGGGUUUUUUUUAUAUAGCAAAAGCCUUAAUUAUGAUUCAACAUUUCUAGUGUUAAAUCAUGGCUAUUGUCUACACAGUAGGAGUAAAUUUUUUGGUUUUCUUUUUUUUUUUUCCAAUCAAAUCCUAACAUGGGAAAACUGGACACAGCGGGGGCGUUUCAGAUGGCCAAUAUGGAUCACUGGCCGGGGUGGUAUUCUGUCAAGGGGGAGCACAAACACACAGAAAUAAAAAAAAGAUUAUUUCAGUCUACAUUUUUGCACCAAACAAGUUUCUACACUCAUAUUUUCUAAAACACUGAUUUUUGAUUUGUGAAAUCCAUAGGAUGCAGAAGGAGUAGCUUACCCAGGGUGUGGCAUUCAUAUUAUACACAACAGGAAGUCAGCCAUGAUGAACAAAGGACACAAAAUAUUUCUUUGUGGCCUGAAAUAUAAAAUUUUCUAAUGGUUGUUUUUUUAAAAAUUAUUCUUAAAACAAUACGGAUCAAAUGCAAAAAUCUCCAAUAUGAUUUAAACUCUUGUAUUAGUUUUUACACUUGUAAUUUUGGGGAAUAGAAGUAAAAGAUCCAGAAAAGGUGAGAAGUUCAUCACUGAUCAUGUGUAGCAAGAACAUUGAGCAGUACGUUGUGUAACGAUAAAUGUGUUUAUAGUCUAAUCUAUUUAGUAGAUUCCACCAAAUCAAAUGUAAGAAAACAUCCGUCAUGUUCUGACUCUGUCUGUUUUUCAGUUGUUGAAAGCAGUUUUUUCUUCUGCUGUUGCAAGAUUGUUAAACUGAUUAUUGGAAAAA